AUGUACAAGGAAAACCAGAAAUCUACAUACUGCUUUUUAUUUUUCUUGUUUUAUGCACUUUGUUCUAAGUUUCCUUUUCUUUAUGCAGAAUAAGAUUCGUGCACGUUUCAAAUUUGUGGAAGAUUGGCAGCUGGAUGCUAAAGUCACGAAAGCAAUUCAGCAUUUAAGUUUCUUCCAAAUUAGUACCAUUUCAGGUUGUAAAUUCAAUCCGCGCCUGGUAGCAGCUUUUUGCAACCUCUACCAUGAAAGCGAUGAUGUUUUCGAAAUUGGCCAACAUAAGUUGGGUAUUUCAUUAGAAGAUGUGUUCAUGUUUACUGGGCUUCCUGUUGAUGGAAUGCCGUUGGUGAUUGCUGAAUCACUAGAACCUCUUGAGGUUUGUAAACACCUUUUGGGAUGGGACAGAGUCGGAAUUGAUGCUGUAAAACCGGGCAGCAUAAACUUAAAGAGGCUGCAGGAGAAGUUUAUGGUUGUUCCAACUGAAGUUGAGGACCAUAGCCAAGAGUUGAAAUAUUACGUUAGGGCGUACCUUCUUGCCUUGAUAGGGAGCAUACUGCUUCCUCGCUCGACGGAACAAAUCGUUCCAGUUUCAUAUCUGCUAUUUAUCGACGAUAUUGAUCGAGUUGAUGAUUAUGCUUGGGGAGCUGGGCUAUUGGCACAACUCAACAGUGGAAUCAGAAAAUUCAGGAACGAACCACGGAAGUGUGCUUACGGAGCUUUUUGGCUAAUUCAAAUGUUUAUAAUGGAGCACUUCCCUUCCUUGGCAAAGAAGAUCAUGUUGGAUCAUUCUAAUACCCUUCCUACACGUCUCCCGAAAAGAAUCCCUCUCGUAGUUGAGUGGUCAAAGUUACUUAAAGGUCCAUCCAUGCAAAGUUUGAAGAAUACCAAUUUUGCUGAAAUGCUUGCAGCUCCUAAUCUAGAGUUCAUAUCGAGGCCAUAUGAACGAAUAGAGGGGAUUGUCCGUUCAAGAUUAUUUUAUUCUCGAACAUUAUUAAUCGGCCUCAAUUAUCUUGCAUAUCACCGGCCUGAUCUCUUCCCUGAUCAACUGGGGAUUGGCGAAGUAGAUAUGUCCGAUUUGCGGAAAAUAAUACGAUUUAAAGAAAAAAUACGAACUGGGGACAGCGGAAAAAAUUGGCCGAGAAAUUACAAACAGUAUAUAAAUGAAUGGAAGUUUAGGUACCAAUCUUGUGUGAAGGAUUGCAGCGAGGGUACUGACUUUGUACUUCCACAAAUUAAUACCACAGAAUGCUGUUAGGGAAGUGUAUCAGGGUUCCUCUUCUCCUAUCACUCAGGAUGAUGACAGGGUUGUCCAGACAAGCAACUCAAGUCUACACAAAGUCAUUGAUGGGGAUAGUAUUUUAAAUGCUGAAUCUUCCGUGCCUAGAAGUUCUGAACCUGAAAUUGUACAUCAUCCGUAUAAACGCGGAGGAAGCAGUCAACGAAGAAAGAGAGGAAGACCAUGG